CCGUGAUCGUGACUCUCGUGUGUUUCCGGAAUCGGAAAGAUUUGCCUUUUUCAUUCCUCCGAAUAUAUAUGGAUAUAAUGUUCAACUGGGACAGAGAGAUGCACAAGUCCUCUUAACCACAGCAGUGAUACAAUGGGGAAACUUCAGUCAAAACAUGCUUGCAAACGUCGGGAAAAUCCUGAGGGGGAUAGCUUUGUUGCGAACGGUAUUAUUUCUAGAAGAGGAGUUGACGAAGGCGAAAGAUAUGACACCGGUCUGAAAGAUUAUAAGGAGCUGAAGGAUGGACAUCGCUGCCCUCUAGAGGUGGCUCUGCCUCCAGAAAAGGCUGAAGGACGUGAGAGUUUUCUGUCGUCUGAAGACGGAGAGAGAGAAGCGCUGAAGGAAACCUGCAAAGGAAAGAAACGCAUCAGUCUAGAUGAUCUGGAGUGUAACGUGUCUCUGGUUGAUGACAGCAGGCAGGAGUGGGUCUUCACGCUCUACGACUUCGACAACAGCGGAAGAGUCACAAAGGAGGACAUGUCCAGUUUGAUGCACACUAUUUAUGACGUGGUGGACACCUCGGUGAAUCACUCGAGUCACAGCAAACGAAAGACCCUCCGAGUGAAGCUGACGGUGACUCCUGAACACAGAACUCACAGGAGAGACACGACACACAGCGGGAACGACAAUGGCUUGAGUCGCAUCGAGUCGGUUCACGCAGAGGACACACACAUCAGAGGUCAGAAUCACUACUGUGUGGACGAGAACACAGAGAGACGAAACCAUUACCUGGAUCUGGCGGGAAUAGAGAACUACAGCUCCAGAUUCGACAGUUCCUCUCCUCCUGGGGUCCAGCAAGAGCAGCAUUCACAGUCUUCACACGAUCAGAGCCGUUCUCGUUCCCACGAGCGGCGGUCUCAGGUCCUCUCUGACCCCUGCGUGACCCCAGAUCCCCGCGUGCGUGGCGGGCCCCAGUCCAUCAGAUCCCCCAAGGGCCCUUCCAGAGGCGGCCAGUCUGUGGCCAAAACCAGCAAGUGCCACAGCUUCUAUCCAGCGGAUGUGUACCAUCUCUCCCAGCAGAGCCAGCCUCAGCCCUCGACGGGUCUCCAGCACAGCCACAGCAAGAGAUCGAGAGCCAGAGCCAGAGAACAGGCGCUGUCGCCCUCCAAACACACCCAAACACAGCAGCCCUCGCCCGUCAGCGAACACAGUGCCGGCUUUGUGCUGCCUCUGGUCCAGCGACACGAACACCAUCAUCAUCACGAACACCAUCAUCAUCACCACUACCACCACUACCAUCAGACGUGA